GCACGCUUUCGGAUUUUUCAAGAGAACAUCUCAACAUCAUAUGUGUUUCCCAGGAAACUGAAACAACGACUUUCUCUUUUAUCCAUGUAUAAAUACAUGCAUUAUACAUUCCCCCAUACAUACAUAUACUACGUACAGUACUCGCAGAAGAUUGAUUAGUUCUUCGGAGAAAUUCCCGUCAGACACAGAUCAUCUCAAAUCCUUAGAGACGACGGAUUGGAGGAGAGAAUCAAGAACAUCGUUGACGGUAUAUACAACGGAAUUAGCGACGGUUUCAGAAGAUAAAUGGAGGCGGCAGAAAGUGGGGUGGAAGUGAGACGACUCCACAUCGUCUAUUUUCUUAGUCGAAAGGGUCGUCUCGAACACCCUCAUCUCAUUCGACUCCAUCGUCUCUCCUCAAAUGGUGUUCGACUUCGAGAUGUCAAAAGAUGGUUGGGAGAACUACGAGGAAAAGACAUGCCAGAAUCAUUUGCAUGGUCAUAUAAGAGGAGAUACAAGAAAGGGUAUGUCUGGCAAGACUUACUGGAUGAUGAUCUGAUUACUCCAAUCUCAGACAACGAAUAUGUCCUCCAAGGAUCAGAGAUUUCCUCUACUAAUAACACAGAAAUCCCCAUGCAAAAGGAGCAAUCAUCUGUGCAAGGUGCACAAAAGACCAACCCAAAACCCCAACCCACAGAAGAAAAUCAGAGUCCUUCAUCCUCAUCAUCACCCUCGGAAACAUCCAUACUCACAGAUGAUUCAGCCAAAACUCAGCUGCAAAUGCAUUCACACACAUUUGCGAUGCAAGAAGCAAACAACAAGAGGAGGGUCGGAAAAGUCAAGAAUGUAAUGAUCAAUCAAAAGCUCAGCAAUGUUGGUACAACUUCUGCUGCGUCGCGUACAAUCAUAUCGGACGAUCAUAGGACGAAGAGCAAAAAUGGAGCUUCAUCGAACGGCAAUAUACUUCGGAGUUUGAUCAGUUGUGGUGCUGUGGAUACAGACGAUUCGGCUCUCCGUAUAAUAAUGUGUUCGAGUGAUAACAGAAAUGUUCAUAAUUCAGCACAAAUAUGCAAAAGGGAGAAGAUCACAUUGGGGACCUCUUAUUGGACUCCAAAUCAUGGGAGCAACUGCAGUAGGAGUUGUGAUGGGGCGAAGGAUUCAGCCACGAAAAAAGGCCAAUUCAAAAACCAAGGGGGGUCUUGUCCUGCUGCUUAUAAGCCCAUUAAAGGACCCAAUUGCUCGCAAUGUGGGAAGCAAUUCAAGCCAGAGAAACUGCAUGCACACAUGAAAUCCUGCAAGGGAAUGAAAGCCUUGUCCAGAACUUCAAAUCCUCCAGUUUCUGCUUCGGAUGCUGAGGAGACAUCAAAAAUUUCAACACAACCCUGUAAUAAAGACUCGGUUUCUGCUCAUUUCUUAAGUCAUUGAUUGUCAGAACUUAAAACCUCUGUUUUGUACAU